CUUUCGGCUGUUUGGACAUUGCACACUGGACAGUGGCUGAAUGAAGAAAGGGAGGGACUUUCUCAAAACCCUCCAUAGAACCCUCGUCACUCUCCACCAGAAAUCCUCCAUUGCCAAGAUGGAUCCAUCUGAUAGAUACUGUUACAACCCCAAAUUGAUUUGGAACCCUCAAGUGGAGGAAUACUUUGUUAAAGCCUACGGAGCCGACCAUUUUGCUCGGAUUUCCAGUGCCCUGACGCAACCCUCUUGCUACUCUUGUGUACGGGUGAAUACCCUCAGAACGACGAGCGAUGCCGUAAUCGAGAAACUAUCGUCUGUACUGGAGGAAAGAGGGUGGCGCUGUGAUAUUUUGGGGGGUCCUUAUAGUUCAGAGGAUAUUGUGAAGACAGAUCCGGAUGCGAAAAAAUGUAACAUUUCGAAGUGUGAGAUACCGGGCUUGGACUAUGUUGUUUUUUUAGGAGGAUCUGGUCCCCACAAUAUUGAUUACGAGUACAAGGAAGACAAGCCUCCCAAGGAGGUGAUUGUGAGCAGGAAAUGUGCCGAAGCUGUUCUUCGUGGUGCUCAUGUGUAUGUGCCUGGUGUUUUAGCCUGUAGUGCUCACGUGGAGAAAGGGGAAUCAGUUGCAGUUUCAGUGGCAGUGGAGCAACCUAGCGGUGACGGAGGGUGGGGAGUCGAUCCUCACUAUUUCGAACGCAAUGGGCUCUACAUCGGUCAAGGAAAUACUAUGAUGUCGAGAUCUGGGAUGUUUCGGGCAUCCGAAGGGGUUGCACUAGACAUGCAUAAAAGAGUAUUUAACCUUCCUUCGUUUUAUGAUUUACUUGAGGGGGAAAUAUUUCUUCAAAACCUACCCAGCAUCAUAACUGCACAUGCCCUAGAUCCUCAAGAGGGGGAGAGGUUAUUCGAUAUGUGUGCAGCUCCUGGGGGAAAAACCACUGCUAUUGCUAUUCUCAUGAAGGACAAAGGAGAUAUUGUUGCAGCAGACCGGUCUCACAAUAAGGUGCUUGACAUCCAAAAACGGGCAGCUGAGAUGGGCUUGAAGUGUAUAACCACUUACAAGCUUGAUGCACUGAAAUCAGUUGAAAAGAUAAUUGAUCCUGAUAGUCAAGCUUCUCCACAAUGUGGUGAGAAUGAGAGCAUGAAAAUCUCAGAUUUGUCGAAUAAAGUAGCAAGCGUCGAGCAAUUAAGAAUUGAAAAUUGCACCAGUAAAGCUGAGCUCCGGAAUGACAUUAGGAAAAUGAGAAAUGGGCCUGGACGAAAUAACUCUUUGGGUGGACGAGUUGAAAAGUGUAAAGGGUUUUCACCUAACAGCUUUGAUCGGGUUCUCCUUGAUGCUCCUUGUUCUGCUCUUGGUCUGAGACCCCGAUUGUUUGCUGGAGAGGACACUGUGGAAUCAUUACGAACACAUGCAAAGUAUCAGAAGCGUAUGUUUGACCAGGCUGUGCAGCUCGUUCGCCCUGGUGGUGUUAUUGUGUAUUCAACUUUCUUGCUUAUUGUCCAUAUGGUGUUUCCAUCUCCUCCUGAGUCAUUUUUGUUUUCCCUCCCUAGGUUUAGUUUAGAUAUUCUAAAUUCUAUUUUAUGUACAAUUAAUCCAGGUGAAAAUGAAGCAUUGGUUAGAUAUGCACUGGACACAUACAAGUUUCUCUCAUUGGCACCACAGCACCCGAAAGUUGGGGGACCCGGCCUUGUUGGUGGAUGUCAGUUUGCAGAUGGAUAUCAGGAGGAAUGGUUGCGGCCAGGGGAAGAAGAUCUCGUGCAGAGAUUUGAUCCUUCUUCAGAACUUGAUACCAUUGGCUUUUUCAUUGCCAAGUUUAAUGUUGGUCCCAAAGGUACCUGACAAUAAUUAUGCUUUCGGUAUUGUAUUCUCCAUUCUUUCCACCUUUUCUUUACCUGGAGACCUAGAAAAACUAAUGUGUCAAAAACUAAAUGUUGUAGUUAAAAACUCAUGGUUAUUCAGAUUGCAUCAUUUCUUGAAUGCUUCAGCUCCAGUUUCCCUGUUUACGUUUAAUUGAACAUAAACAUUCUAAGAGACUCUGAAUAAUUUCGCAUUCAGCUUUUGCAUGUAAUUCAAAAUCCCAUAACUCCAAUAUAUAUAGCAUAAGAAAUGCUGCCCUUUAGGUUUGCUAUAGUUGAUUUGCAAAAUCUCCUCAAGGCAUUAAAACAAGCCUCCUUUAAUUUACUUGUCUUAUUUUUCUCUUCCUAUUAAAAGAUAGCUAAUGUGCCUUUCAGAGAUUAGACUAAAACCUCAAAGGCAUUCUUUAUAUUCGACCCUACUCAUAAAUCAUAAUUCUCCUGCCACAACCCAAUGUACCCAAUCUCAUCAUACAAAUUCGCAUUGUGCGAAGAAAACGAAUAAUCCCCUAUCUCAAAAAAAUCAUUAAUGCCUUCCACACACGAAUCACCGUACCAAUCUCCUACCAUAUCGUUGCACUGUUCCAGUGUUUCUCGUCCCACCAUACUCGGCCAAUCGAAUUUUUCGAGCUCCUUAAUCUCGUCUUGCCACCAGUAACUCUCGCCUGGUAAGCCCUUAUCGAGACCCGUUUUGCUCGUAUUUGCUUCUUGCAUGAGGGUUUCACUUCCACCAUUACCUGUUUCCUCUGUGGGUUCGUAAAGCAGCUCGUGUAUAGCAUUCGUGUCGAAUUCGGCCAUUUCCAGCCAUUCGAAAUCGUCCUUGGUGAUAGCAACAGGAGAUUGAGGUAGUGAAGCUGUUUCUAAUGCCAUUUUUUAAGGGGGAAAAAAAGGGAGAUGAGAAACAAGAAUGUGGAGUUUUGGAUAGGUGGUGUGUUUUCUUUUUUUCUUGUGUUUGUGUGUGAUGAUAAAAUUAAUGUGCAAAAAGGGUGCUUUAAAUAGGCAAGUUAUCUAUCUGCUGUGUAAGUUAUAUGGGAUGAUGGGCAUGGGGUCAUAUUGACAGUGUUGUAUAUCUAACAAAGGCAAAUUGCACUUUUCUCGUGUAGGCAGAAAUAUCGAUUAAUGGGGAUUGUGCUUUAAUGAGACUUUUACCUAUUAUAU